AAUCGUUGAACGACCACCGUUAUUGUUAUAUUCUGCGAUGAAUGCCACUUUUUUUGCUAAAGUCCGUUUGAAUUCCGGCAAUUUCUUGCGAAGAUGGGCUGAGGGUAACGAGUUAGUUUUUGGGAGGGUUUACGAGUGCAGAGCGUUAAAAUUUGUCUAAUUUUUGAAAUUAGUGGUUAUUGUGAGUUAGUUUGAAACUGUAACGAUGUGGUACGGGCCUAAUUUGCAGAGAUCUUAUAAGUACAUGAAUUUUGCGUCGAAAAUGCCGCUGUUGAGGUUCGAGCAGAGUGACUUGAAGUGCAAGAAUGGUUGCGACUACUUCGGGAACCCCCAGUGGCAGGGGUACUGCUCCAAGUGUCAUCGGGAGCAAAUGUCCAGGCAGCGCAGGGCAGAGAAAGCAUCAUCGGCCACACUGCCGAAGCCCGAACAGAAGAAGGAGGGGCGGGAAGGGGAGAGGAACCUGAAGGUGACAGCUCGUUCAUCAUUCUCCAAGUUCGAGGAGAAACGGCUGAGGCAGAGCGAGACGUUGAAGAAAGCCAACCUGUUGAAGUCGCUACAAGUCUUUAAGAAAACCAGCACAGAUGACCACGAGCCAUCCGAGAAACGGCCGGCCGAAUUCCAGGUUCCCCCCGCCGUCCUCGAAGGCAUGAAGCGCGACUUCCGCACCCGCUUCCCCCGCCUGUCGCAGCAGAUAGACCGCGACUGCCGCAUGUGUGUGCACACCCUUAUAUUGGACGUCAUCAAGUAUGCCAAUGUGAUGACGGCUGAUGAGCUCUCUGAAAGAGUACAAAGGCAUUAUCAGCGUUUCCUUAAGCACAUGGACACCGCAGUACAUUUCAACAACGUAGAUGCAGACGUAAAGGAAAACAUAAUGGACUUUGUGGAGAAGCAUGCCAUGUCUUACCUGCACGAACUACCAUCAGUGGUUUUCUCACCGACCGGCACUGACGACGAGCGGCUAGACAGAGCCAUGUCCGAGCGUAUCCAGCAGUUGAGCUGGGUGGGGGAAGCGCAUCUCGAGUGCAAGCUGGAUAGGAACAGUGCCACUUGCAGACAGCUCUUGUAUAAAGCUAUUAGUGAACUCUUGGGCAUGGACAGUGCGAUGUCACCCGGCGGCAAGUUGAGACAAGUGCGGCGCUGCUGUCGCCACGUGUUGGCGCUUUGCGGAGCCCCGGCUUCGGCCGAUGAUUUGCUGCCUGCACUUAUAUUUACUGUGCUGAAAGCGAAUCCACCGCGGCUCGUGAGCAACAUAAACUUCGUGACCAGGUUUUGUAACGCGCAGAGGCUGAUGACUGGCGAGGGGGGUUACUACUUCACAAACCUGUGCUGCGCGGUGUCGUUCAUAGAGAACAUGACGGCCGAGUCUCUCAACAUGGACAAGAAAGAGUUCGACUGUUACAUGGCGAUGCCGGCCUCAAUCGGCGGCAGUUCUUGGGCGGCCGCCCUAUCACUGUACGGUGCCAGUCGUGAGGCUGAGGAACAGCGCGCAUUCGCCGAGAUGCUUUUGGAGAAAGCGAGACAAGUGCAAACCAACUGCGAGAGGUUCGCGAGCGACGCCAAAUACUUUGAGGAGGAAAUUGCGAAGAAAGUAAAACAUGUCCUCGAAAAAACUCCUUUGAAGAUAAAACCCCGCACGGAACUGCCACGCAUCGGAAAACUGAAAGAGUUGUCAUCAAUGCCGCUCAUCGACCUGGGGUCGCCAUUGGUCGAGACCCGCGAUGAGUCGCGAGAUAACCAAUCAGAGUCCACCGACGAAUUCGAAAUUCAAAAAAUACAACCAGUACAAACCGCCGCAAAUUUGGAACCACAGAACAUUAUAGAGAAGACAGAACAGGCGGAGACCACAGACGAAAUAGAACCUAAAUUGAAUAUAUUAGGAUUCGAAGUCGUCGAGAAACCUUCUCCGCCGAAAACACCACAUCACGAACUCUCAUGGGACAUGAAGCAGACUAACUCAUUAGAACUACUUACUCCAUCGCCGCUGGGUUACACUCCGUUCGAUUCUAGAUCUAUCGAUGAAAUAUUGACUCCAGAUGAGUUCGGAACAGACCAUUUAGCGCCUGGACUCAGUAAUAUCAAUUACGACAUCGAUUUGUCUGACCUCAGCGGCGAUAACAGCAUAGCUGAUGACCUCCCCAAGGAACCGAAAGAUCCUUUCAGCCCGGACGAUCUGAAAAAACCGUUCGACCCUUUCGCGCCAAGGCCUCAAACUUUCAACGCAAUAUUGGAGAAAUUUGACGAGUUCAGCUUAGUUGAUGCCAAGUCUAGCACGACUUCUGAUCCGUUCGAGGUUGUGCAUCGAACUCCUGACCCUUUCAGUCCAGUUGUGCCCGCCAAAGCGCCACAAGCCCCAGUAAGGGAUCCUUUCAGUCCUGACCAUAAGGAAUCGACAUCUUUCAUAUUAGAUGAUAGCAAUUCACCAACCGCUGCUUGUCUUUUGCCGUCGCCUUUACAGCCUCAGAAUAGUGGAAAAUAAUUGAUUUGUAAAAACCGCCGUAAUUGUUAUAUUUAUUAUUUCAUUUUUCUCACGUCCACCGAGUACCGCUCGGUCACCCAGGUCUUAUUUAUUAUCUGUUGAUAUAGUUGGGGGUUAUACCGAAUUGUAAUAAUUGUUCUUGUGAGUAUAAUCUUGUAAAAUAAUUAAGCAAUAGAUGUGGUCACAUCAUACGACAAAAAAAAAUGUGCUAGGAGUCAAGUGAAAAAAUAAUAAUUUUAAUCACCUCUAUGUUUUUGGUGGAAUUAAAUGUGAACAAUGUU